CCUCGCCCAGUGCUGAAAUGCAGCCACCUCUGGGUUGGGCCUGGGGGCUGAGUCAUUUCAGCCCCCCGCCUGGCCUGGCGGCCGCCCUGGACGAGUGCAUGGAAGCCAUGAACUCCUUCCUCUGCAACCACUUCGACGAGAGUCUGGAGAAGCUGCAGCCCAGGACCAAGGAGAGCAUGUACCACGCCCUGGUCUACGCCACCAUCCUGGAGAUGCAGGCCAUGAUGACCUUCGAGCACGAGGACAUUGUGCAGGCCGGGCAGACCAUGAAGGAGGCGCAGGAGAUUUGUCAGAGGUUUCGGAGGAAAUCCAGCAUGACCGGCUCCCUCUCCAGCCUGGUCAGCAAGGCGGAUUCAUUCACCGAGGUGGAGCUGCACGCUGAGGUCUGCUACGCGGAGUGUCUUCUGCAGCGGGCGGCCCUGACCUUCCUGCAGGACGAGAACAUGGUGAAUUUCCUCAAAGGGGGGAUCAAGGUGCGGAGCAGCUACCUGAUCUACAGGGAACUGAGCAGUUUCAUCCAGUCCAGUCACUGCACAGCCGGUGCUGCUCACGUACACUUAGAGGGAGGGGUGGCGCUGGGCAUUGGUGCCUUUAAUCUGACGCUCUCUCUCUUCCCUCCGCGGAUCCUGAAGCUGCUGGAAUUUGCGGGGUUUUCAGGGGACAAGGAUUACGGGCUGCAGCAGCUGCACGAGGGAGCGACCACCCUGAACCUGCGGGCCCUGCUCUGCACCAUGCUACUCCUCUGCUACUACACCUUCCUCACCUUCAUCCUGGGGAUCGGGGAGGACGAUUUCACGGAAGCUGAGAGCCUGCUGAGACCCUACCUGCUUCGCUAUCCCAAGAGCGCCAUCUUCCUCUUCUUCGCCGGCAGGAUAGAGGAGAUCAAAGGGAACAUCAGCGAGGCCAUCGACAGGUUCGAGGCCGGCUGCUCGGCCCAGCAGGCCUGGAAGCAGUUCCACCACAUGUGCUACUGGGAGCUGAUGUGGUGCUACGCCUACAAGGGCAUGUGGAAAAUGGCCUAUUUCUACGCCGACCUGCUGAGCAAGGAGAACCGCUGGUCCAAGGCCAUGUACGUGUAUAUGAAAGCUGCCUUCCUCAGCAUGCUGCCCCCCGAGGAGCCCCGGCCCUUCGGGGAGAGCGAGGUGGAGCUCUUCAGGCAGGUGUCAUCUUUUAAGCAGAAGAUCGCGGGCAAGUCUCCCCCCACGGAGAAGUUUGCCAUCCGGAAAGCCCGACGUUAUAAGGGCAGCCGCCCGGUCCCUUUGCCGGUGCCAGCCCUGGAGAUGAUGUACAUGUGGAACGGCUUCACCGUGCUAGGCAAGCAGCGGGAGCUGCUGGAGGGGACGCUAGAGACGCUGACGCGGGCCGAGAAGAAGCUGCAGGAGUCGCCAGCCAGCGAGUACCAGACGGACGACCGCUGCCUCCUGCUGCUGCUGAAGGGGCUUUGCAUGAAGCACCUGCAGAGCCCGGCCGAGGCGGAGGCCUGCUUCAGCGCCGUGCAGGCCAGUGAGAAGCGACUCCGCUACGAUCACUACCUGGUGCCCAACGCGCUGCUGGAGCUCAGCCUGCUGCACCUGGCACAGGGCCGGAGCGAGGAGGCCGUCCCGCUGCUGCGCCGAGCCAGGAACAACUACAAGAACUAUUCCAUGGAGUCCAGGACGCUCUUUCGGAUCCACGCGGUUCUGUCCCGGCUCAAAGCUGACCAGGAGGAGAACGGCAUGGAAGGACCCAGCUCCUCCUAAAGAACCGCCCCCCCAGAUGCGAAGGGGGGGGCGUGGGACUCUGGGGGGGUGGCAUUACCUGUCCCCCCCCAGCCCCACUGAAGGGAACCUGCACUUUCAAUGAAGCCAAAAUGACUUAACCCUUCCUGCGCCGCUGUGGUCCCCAGAGCAACGGCUUUGUCACCAAAGGCAGAGCCUGGAGGGAGUGCCUCUCCUUUGGGCGUGUGCCCACAGCACCAGGGGGUACCACUGUGAUAAAUAAGGGGGAGGGCAGAGCUGGAUCCUGCGGGAGAGAGCUGGCCCUUUAAAGCUGAACCCAAUACCCUUAAAGGGCCAGUUUACCCUGCGAUGCCCACCCACAUCCUAGGAUAAAGGCUAACCAUGCCCCUCUCCCCCCAUGCACACUUUAAUUAAACUGAUUUGUGACUAGUCCCUUGGGGAGAAGUGCCAGUUGCUGUACGGAGCAUGGUAAGUUCUGUGCCGUGUGUUUCCUCGCUGGUUUCCCUGGUCCAGCGGCAACCUCCGUAUCCACAAAUCUCUUGGUCCUCCAGGGUUCCCCCUCGCCCCCCCGGAUCUGGUCCCCCUGGACCAGCUGGCUCUAUGCCCUCGGGGCUGAUCCCUUCUGCAUUCGUGUUUCCCAUUAUCCAGUAGGAAUUGGAGACACCGGGGGGAAAGAUCCUUCCAGCUCCGCUCUGACCCAGUGCCUUGCCAAGAGCUGGAUGGGGUAUCUCUUGCCAUCAUCGCCGAUGGGGCGUUGAGUGACGGUUUGCCACGGAGAUCAUAUUUGGGGACGAUCCUGGGGACCCAGGCGCUGUCGCUGCCUCCAGCACUGGCCGGACAUUGUUUUAAAAUGCAUCUGUGGCCUUGUUUUUAUAUUUCUGCCUCUUCUCUUUUGGUCCAGUAAUUCAGGUCUCCCGUGAAGGCCGUGGGCACAGGAGUCUUGUAGUUAACAGGGCCGAAUCCUACGGCCGGUUCUUAGUGUGUUUUUGAUAAAGUGGGAAGCCUCUGAUCCACGUCCUCAUGUAUUUGUACCUGCAGGAAGGAGGGUAACGUCCGCGCUUGACAAAUGGGGAAACAGGCAACGUGGCCUGAAACUUUGAACCAAAGACGCCAAAUGGGGAAACUGGGACUCGAAUGCAGCUCUCUUGGGGCCAGGUGCUUUUAGGUAGAAAAUCACCUGUCACUAUUUAGCUCAGUCCACACCGGUUACACUUUAAUCUGAGCUAGCGAAAUUAGCGCGAGAGGCUCCGGCUUAAGCCGAGUUUCUUUGGGGGCCGUUGAAGGGCUUGUCUAAACACAGAAGUUGAGCAACUUUCACCGACAUCGGGUUAGUACAACCAGUGCAGCUUUGUGUGUGGAUGCCCAUGGGUUGGAAUUGGGUUUAUAUUGGUCAGUCCCAGAGGCUGCAGAGCUGGAGGCCACGGGCUGACCCCUUUCAACGGGGGCCGCUCACUCAAAUUUGGCCCGGCCAAACCCCUGUCAGCAGUGAUGUCACGCCAGGCUGGGGACUGGGAUAAGGUAAGGGAUAGGGGAGGCAGCUGUGUUGCAUGACUAGCUGCAAAAGUGCCACAGUUGCAGUCCAGCCAAAGUCAAAGUGCUGGGGCCUUGCGCACGCAGCAGGACAAUGCAGAAGGAUGUUUCCCUGCACGGCCUCUGUGCGUGCACAUUACACAAGAGAGCGGUGGGCUAUGGGAUGGACUAGAGAGGGAUCCCACAAUGAACAGCAGCUGCCCCACAAGCCAUGUGGCUGCUGGAGGAUGCUGGGAUGCAUACCCAGGAUGCACUGGGCUGUUUGCCAAGAGAGCUCUGCUGGGUGGGUGCACAACGGGGUGAGGUUGAAUGCGCUCGAGUGGGGAGGAGUCUGUCCAGGAGACUGCGCUGGUUUCAUGACAGAUCUGAAAUGCACGUUGUUAUCCCGGUGCAGUUUUCAGCGCAGAUAGAGCCUUAGUGAAACAGAUGCAGACUUUGUGUGUAAUCGGGCCUGAGUUUUUUAGGGACAGAUUUAAGCUAAACCAAAAUAAGUGUCCACAGGGGCUUGCAUGGGACUUACUUUACACGACCAAUUGGUUAAGUUAUGGAUGUUUGGGCUCUGUAUGGAGGAAUCUUAUUUUAAAAUCGAAUUGGGCUCUGGCAAGAGUUUAAAUACGUUUUAAUUCUGG